GGGAGGUAAGAACGAACAAGUGUAUCAAGGCGAAAACGAAGCCACGGGACGCGAAAGAGGUGACUGGUUGAGUAGAAAGGAGUGCUCUCUUGAUAGUCGGUUGUUGCACAGGCACUGCCAAGACGACCAAUCUGGCAGGAAGCCCCCAAAGUACCGACCAAAAGCCAAACGUAGCUGCAGCGAGAACAGGCUGCCCCUGGCACUCUCUUUGUUUGCCCGUUGAACUGCUUUUCUUUCCCACCUGGUCUUCGUUCCGUCCGACUUGCAUCCUCCGACCCACGGCCCCCAAAGAGCGUCAACCCGGUGGCAUCUUUCUUUCUGCCCAUCGUCCGCCAUGCGCUAGCCUUCCAACACACAGCCCGUCCAGAAAUUUAUAGACACGCACCAUGUCGCUCUCACGAUCUCCUUCACCAAAACGAGGCGGUGGUUGGGCGAGUCCUGGACUCAAUGCCAACUUCGCCCAGAGUAGAAGCACCACCCCCGUGACAUCGUACAGCCAGAACCACAGCGUCACCUGGGCCUCCGCCCAAGCAAGGAGCCACCAGGUCAAUGGAUACCCGGCAUACCAAGAAGCCAACUCGGGCUUCUUCGGAAAGCACAUGCGCAAAAUUUCGGCGAGUCUGCCCUUCUUUAACAAUGGCCCCAAGGACGAGCGCCAGGCCGAAAAGGAGAAGGCGGGCAGAGGCAGAUGGGCUCCUGCCAGAGGAGGCUAUCUUGCAAACAUCAAGGCCAUGCUUGGCCGUCAUUUGCUGAGAUCAAAGGCCCGAUUUGUUUUGGUCUUGGUCUUCUUGUUGCUUAUUCUUUGUUUUUAUACUACCCCAUUACACUACUGGUAUCGAAGAAGCUCAUGGCUCGGCGGCGGUAGCAAAUUCGUCGUGAUCCUGGCAGCCAACAUGGGAGGAGGUGUCAUGGAGUGGAAAGGACCCCGCGAGUGGGCAAUUGAGCGCGACAGCGUGCGCAACAAGAAGAACUACGUGCACAGAUGGGGCUAUGAGUUGGAAAUUGUCGACAUGAGCACAAAGAAGCGCUAUGCGCACGAGUGGCGAGAGAGCUGGGAGAAGGUCGACACAAUCCGCAACGCCAUGCGCAAGUACCCGCACGCCGAAUGGUUCUGGUGGCUGGAUCUCAACACCUUCAUCAUGGAGCCCUCAUACUCGUUGCAGCAGCACAUCUUCAACAACCUGAACGACAACGUCUAUCGCGACAUCAACACGUACAACCCGCUCAACAUCUCUCAUCCCCCAACCGCAGCACACCUCGACCCCGAGAGUUUGUCACCGGUCGGAGACGGCAAGCCCGACUCGAUCAACCUCAUCGUGCCCCAAGAUUGUGGUGGCUUCAACCUGGGUUCGUUCUUCGUCAAGCGUUCUGCUUGGACAGAUCGCUUGCUAGACAUCUGGUGGGAUCCUGUUGGUUAUGAACAAAAACACAUGGAAUGGGAACACAAGGAGCAAGAUGCAUUGGAAUACAUGUACACCAACCAACCUUGGGUGCGACCUCAUCUUGCCUUUAUCCCGCAGCGCAAGGUCAACAGCUUCCCGCCCGGCGCAUGCGGCGACAACGGCGAGGAUAUGAACAUCCACUAUCACGAGCACGACCGCGACUUUGUCGUCAACAUGGCUGGCUGCGAGUGGGGCAGAGACUGCUGGGGAGAAAUGUACAACUACCGACAGCUGAGCAACAGGCUCAACCGCAACAAGUGGGAGAAGAUCAAGGACGGGGUUUCCGGAGCCUUUUCAUUCCUCCAAACCAAGAAGAAGGAAAUAACGGGGACGGCGGCAGACGUCGAGGACGAGAAGAAGGAGUCAUGAUAUUGAAAGGCAGAGGAUUGGGAUAAAGGAAGGGGGAAUUUCGGAGUCAUGUAUACAUUUGCAAACGAUGUUGAUUUCUUGUGCCUGUCUUUUGCCAUUUCCCCAGAAGUAUCAAGUGUACAAGGUGUGAGCGGCGUGUGGCAGCUUCGCUUCGCGAUAAACGUGUCAAGGUAUGUGAGGCGUGUAGGAAAAGGGCCGAUGGUCGACAGACAGGAACGGGGGAGAAGUGGUCGGCCAGUCGGAGAGAGAGAGAGAGAGAGAGAGAGG